AUGAGUAGUGCUACUUCAAAUGGCACUACUACUUCUAGUAGAUUGCCAGCUAGAAAGACAACAACAACAACAUCCAACACUACGAGAGGUGCUGCUUCUGCUACUGCUGGCAAAUCUGCAGUUAAAAGUACAGGUAGUGGUACCACUCCAAGUAGUUCGUCAUUUAAAUCAAAGUUACCAAGUUCCACAUCGACAACAUCGUCUAGCAGUAGUAAGAGUCAGAUUUCAACAAACAAAGAUGGAGGAAUACGCAAGACUACCAAAACUACAAAAACUACAACAACCACCACAAAAACAACUACUAUCCAAGUAUUGGCCAACACAUCUAGUACUGACAAUGAUUCUUUUGUUGUUUCUACAAUACUACCAGAAAAUGAACAACAGCAACAACAAUCGGAGAUUAUUGUCAAAAGCGUUGAAAUACCAGAAUCAUAUUCGAUUUCAUCGGAAUCUAUUGAUCAGCAACAGCAUCAAGAACAACAAGAUGUCUCUGAAACAAUAGAACCUAUAACCACUACAACUACAACAACCACUACAUCACAAAAAACACCAAAUUCAACUGCUAAAACAACUGUCACCAAACAAACAACUACGAAAACAACUGGAAUCAAGAAACCAAUAUCUACUACAUCUAAACAACCAUCACCAUCAUCAUCCAAACCAACUACAACUGGCACAACAAAAUCAACAAGUGGUCUAAAGAAACCUGUUUCCUCCACAUCUGCUACCACAACAGCAACAGCAGGUUCAAUUAAGAAACCAACGACUACUACAGCUACAACAUCUUCAUCAGCAUCGACAUCAUCAAUAUCUAAACCAAAAUCAACAACAACUAGCACAACAACAACUGGUAGUAGUUCUAUUCCAAAGAAAGUGACAACCACAACCGCACCAACUGGUUCAACCACCUUAUCAUCCAUAAAGAAACCAGUAACAGUGUCGACUAAGGCAACUACAACAACAACAGCAGCACCAGCAACAAGUACCUCUAAAACAACAACAACAGCAAAUGGUGUAAAACCAACUACCUCUUCAGGCUUAAAGCCAAAGACUACAACGACUACAACAACUACAACAACAUCUGCUAUCAAGAAGCCAACCACCACCUCAUCUAAGCAACCAAGUACAUCCACCUCAUCUGCAUUGAAAAAACCAACCUCAACCACAAAAUCAACAACCACAACAUCACCAUCAACAACCUCUUCGAUAAAGAAACCUGUCACUACUUCAACAACCACUACUAAAGCAACAGCUACCACCACUACAGCUGCAAUAAAGAAAGCAACAAAUACUACAGUCAAAACAACUAAUGGCCAAACAACAAAGAAACCAUCAACUACCACUCCUUCAGCUACACCUAAAGCUGCAACCAGUAGUAGUUUGGCAACAAAGAGUUUGACUGCAACAAGUAGUAAAAGUACACCAAGUAAAUCGGUGGUUACAAACAGUAAUGCACCAUCUGUUUUGGGAUCAAUGUCUAGUACACAAUUAUUAUCGAAUCCAAAGAGUUCAAGACCCGCUGGACCAUCGAAUCGAAAGAAACCAACAGUGAACCCAGUGAAGAAUCUAGCUGGCAAGAGUUCAAUAACAUCGAACUCACCUUCAAAGUCAAAGAGUGGAGGUGCUGCAAAUGUAACUGGUUUCGGAUUGUUGGCAUCGGUCGAUCCAAGUGAUGUCAUCGAGUGGAAGAAUAAGAAGCUGAACAAGACAGACGACAAGAACAAAAACAGACUAAUUAAAUUCACUGGAAAGAAAUCGAUUGUCGGUAGACUGGUAGAGUUACACUUUAAGUCGAUUCGCUCCAACUGUUGCUAUAUCUUGGACACUGGAUUGAAGAUCUACGAAUGGCGUGGUUCUGCAUCCAACAAGAUUCAACAUUCAAUGGCAAUGGAUUUGGCCGGUCGUAUCAGAAACAAAGAGAGAGGAGGACGUCCACAAUCAAUCAUCAUAGAGGAUACAAAGAAAACCAACAACUCUACAUUUGAAUCAGAGUUUUGGGAAGCUAUUGGAACGGCGAAUGGUUCUCGUCCAAAAGAUAUCCCCGAGGAAACCGAAGAUGAACAACAAAAGAAUAGAGUUAAAGAUAUUCUUUAUUGUUUAACAUUGAAUGAUAGUGAUAAUAACAACACCAAACCAUCUCCACAAAAGAAUAGUAAGCAGCAGCAGCAACAACAACCAGUUGGAAUAUUAAAAGGUGAAGUUAUAAAGUAUGCCGGAAAGAUGUUGACAAAGGAGUUGCUAUCCUCUACAAACUCUUAUGUUGUUGACUGUUGGAGUGAAGUGUACUUGUGGGUUGGCAAACAAACCGAUGCUCAGGUGAAGAAACACUCUAUGGCCAAAGCAGAGGAGUUGUUAGCAUCGCGAAAGAAUAGACCUUCGUGGGUGAGCAUCGUUAGGAUUAUCGAGGACGGCGAGACAGAGUUGUUCAAAGAGAAGUUUAUCGAUUGGAGUAGAUCACUGCCUAUUUCGAUGGCACCAACACCCAAGGGUAGAGUUGCCGAUGUAAAGAAAGAGGAAUUCAAAGUGGAAUCGAUUAAAAUCGAUCAGCCAUUGCCCGCUACAUUCACAGCGGCUAUUGACGACUGUCGUGGAACCAUCCAGAUGUGGCGAGUCAAAGAUCACUCGAUGGAGCCACUCGAGCAGCAUCUAUACGGACACUUCUUCACCGGUGAAUCCUAUGUAAUAGUGUACCGCUACAUGCAAAAGAAUCGUGAAUGUUUCCUCACCUACUUUUGGCAAGGCAAGCGUAGUACAAUUAAUGAGAAAGGUGAAUCUGCAAGAUUGGCUGUCGAUAUGGAUGAUACGCUUGGUAGUGUAACUAAAAAGAUAAGAGUUGUACAGAAUAAGGAACCAAUUCACUUUUUGAAUAUUUUCGGUGGUUUUAUUAUUGUGCAUAAUGGUGUGCUGGAUUUGGAUAGAGUUAGAAAUGGUGUGUUGUCAGAAAAGUCAGUGGCAAUGUAUCAGGUUAGAUCAUGUAAUCAUCACAACUCGACGUUCAACUGGAGAGUCAUUGAACUAGAUGAUGUAUCAUCGAAAUACCUUAAUUCAAACGAUUGGUUUAUCAUCAAGACAUCUGCCAACAGAUUCUACAUUUGGAAAGGAUUAAACUAUAGAAACAACACCACAACAACAACUACAAACGAUAAUAGAUUAGAAUUAAUAAUUAACAAACUACUACCAAUUACCAAAGUAACAACAACAACAACAACAACUGCAAUAAUAACCAAUGAAGAAGAAGAAGUUGAGGAAACUGAAGAGAAAGAAGAGGAGGAAAGUGGAGUGGAAAUAGUAUUAUGUAAUGAAAGACAAGAACCUACAGUAUUUUGGAAUGAUAUUGGAGAUGUUCGUACUAGGUUUAGUGAUAUAGUUGAACAUUCACCAUUGAUGUUCCAGUGCUCUUAUUCAUCGGGUAGCUUCACUGUAGACCGUGUAUUCGAAUUCGAUCAAGAUGAUCUCGACGAUGAAGAUGUAAUGAUAUUCGAUUGUCACACCGCUGUAUAUCUCUGGAUAGGCAGACGAUCCACUCAAGACGAGCGCAAAGCAUCAAUGUCUGCUGUUCUAGAUUACAUUACAAAGAUCAACACUCAACAAAGAUUAGAUUUAUUACGACACAAAGAAAAUGAAAAAGAGAAAAUAGCAGUAAAAGAAGAAGAAGAGGAAGAAGAAGAUGGAGCAGAAAUUGUAAUAACAACAACUACAACUACUACUACUACAACAAACAAUAGUAAUAAUAGCAAUGUAAAAUCACUUGAAGAUUAUGUAUUUUUAAUAGAUAGUGGAUAUGAACCAGUAGAAUUCACAAGAUACUUUCAUGGUAGUUGGGAUACGAGAAAGAAGAGAGGACCUCCACCAUUGGCAACUAUUAAAGUGGCUGACUAUCUUAAAGCUCUGAAUCGUACCUACACACUCGAAGAACUACAAAACAAUCCACCAAAAGCACUCGACUCUACUAAACUAGAGACUUACCUGUCAGACUCUGACUUUGAGAAUCUAUUCAAAAUGGACAAAGCAACGUUUGCACAACAAAAGAUUUGGAAACAAGAAAAUCUAAAGAAAUCAUUUGCUAUUUAUUAA